AUGGAGGGUGAGCUCAUUGACCUUAGGGGCAAGCAAGAGAACUAUGAGAAUCUGUUGGAAGAAGCCCGGGUUACUCGAGAGGAGCUGGAGAAAACUAAGAAAGAGCUCGAGGAGGUAAAGACCCAGGGUGCCGAGGAGAAGAGGAAGAUGGAGGAGGAAAUUGCGGACUUGCAAUCCAAGUUGGCUCCUGCUGCCGACGAGGCCGUUGAAACUUCCAGGCUGACAGAGAUGGCUUUGGAGGAGGAGAAGGAGGAUGAUGAUGAGGAGGAUGGCGAGGAUGAGGGAGUCGAGGAGGAGGGUCCCGACGGGGACAAAGAAGGUCAUGACGAAAGCCACUGA